CACAACAAGUAUGUUGUGGUAACAGUGCACAGUAUUGCUGCUGUAGUGAUAGUAUUCUGAAAGUGAUAUGGACUUUUUGGAUGACUUGUCAUUUUUUCUGUUUUUUCUCCAGACCUUAAAGCCAGAGUCCAACGUAGUUCAACCAACUACUAAUAUAUUUAUUUCUAAUUAAUUUCUCAUUACUGUUCGAUUAAACAUUUUAAGAAUACAAUUUUUGUCAUGGCACACAAUGGCUAUUCUAAUGGUCCAAAGGAUUCCAAACCAGAUGACGACAGUGACAGCAAUCCUCCAUUCUCUGGUUAUGUUAAUUCAGCUAAUAAAAAUGAUGAUGGCUCAAAUACAGUUUGUGGUAAGAGUAAUUUCGCAGACAGCGAUGUACCAACAGCCGUUACUAACAAUGAAAAACAAAACGCUAUGAAAUUAGCAGCGUUUAUCAGGAAAGUAUUACACAAUGGGAAGAAACUGUAUGAUAAGAUGGAAUGGCCAUUAUGUUUAUUGAUUGAAUCCAAACGGUCGAUCAAAAUUUCUCAAGAAGAGCUUCAAACCAUUAUCUUAACUAAAGCUGCUGAAGUCAUGGCCACACAGGACAAAUCACAUAUUAAAAAUCAAAUGCUUAAUUUAUCAGAAUGUAAACAUCAACAAUGCUUAUAUUAUAAAAAAUACAAAGAAUUAUCAAAAGAUGUAGAAACCGUAAUUUCCAAAUUGGAACUCUUGAAUAGAGUGCCAAACAAUGAAGUUAAAUUUGUUAGAAAUGUUGGAACAUAUGUGAAUAUGCCACCAAAAGGUAAAAAUACAUUAUAGUGUUCACUAGCGGUACUAAACUUAGAAACCAAUGGCUAAUUUGUAAUAAGUUUAUUUUUUAUUUAUUGUAUUGUUCUAUGACUAAGAUUCAUUUUCCAUUAAAAUAGAAAUAUAAUCCAUCAUAAUUUUUGUGACUAAGCUAGUAGCUACCUCUUAUUAAUAAAUAUUUUUUAUACUUAG